GCGUCAAACGCGCUUGACGACAUCAAAGCUCCUGCUGGCGUCGUGCUGCCGCCGCGCGAGAUUAGGAAUAUCCUCGAAAAGACGGCCGGAUAUGUCGCGCGAAACGGCUCGGUGUUUGAAGACCGCAUCAGAGAAAAGGAGCGCCAGAAUCCCAAAUUCAGCUUCCUAAGUCCCGACGAUGCGUACCAUGCUUACUACCAGUGGCGACUGAGUGAGAUCAGAGCUGGUCGCGGCACCGAUAUCGCGGCCGGUCGAGUUGGCGAAAACAUCACGCCUGUUCCCGAGAAGCCCAAGGGCCCGCCGAAGCCCCCCGAUUUCCAAUUCUGUGCUCGAAUGCCUCACAUCAACCAGAAAGAUCUAGAUGUGAUACGGCUGACGGCGCUUUUCGUCGCCAAGAAUGGACGGCAGUUCAUGACACAGCUGGCGCAGCGCGAAACUGGCAAUCCUCAAUUCCAAUUCUUAAUCCCAAAUCACACAUUCCACAACUUCUUCCAACACAUAGUCGAUCAGUAUACACUGCUGCUGCGGGCGAGCGGACUCGAUGGCGAGGGCGGCAAGCUGCAGGAGGAGCAAACUGCGGAGCUGGAGCUGAAUAUCAAGGACAAGUUUCAUGUGCUUAACCGAGCAAAGGAAAGGGCCGAAUAUCUUAAAUAUCAGGAGACUGAGAGAAAGAACAAGGAGGCUGAGGAAGAGGUCGAAAAGGCCGAGUUUGCCCGCAUCGACUGGGGAGACUUUGUCAUUGUCGAGACCAUUACGUUUUCAGACGAAGAUGAUAACACCAAUCUUCCUCCACCCACCACUCUGGGUGAGCUACAGUACGCUUCGUUGGAAGACAGGAAUAAGGCAUCCAUCAGUGCCAAUUUGCGGAUCGAGGAAGCCAUGCCUGGCGAAGAAGAUCUUGUACAGAACGGGGCUGAAGCCACUCGGCCAUCCUCCUUUCCCCUGCCCGUGCAUACCGGCUACGCACCGCAACAGCAAGCACAGACACCACAGCAUGCGCCUUUGCCAGUACCGGUUUACGGUGCCGCAGCACCACAGCAAUCUGCUCAGGAAGAGGAAGAGCUGCGGAGAAUCCAGGAGAGAUCUGCGGCGCAAUCCCGUAUGCAGCAGGCACAAUCAGAGGCCAGGGGUGGUCUUGGCCCAAUGAAGAUUCGGGAGAACUACGUGCCCCGAGCAGCACAAAAGACGGCAAGCAAGCAGGGCACGCAGAUGGCCUUGUGUCCCAACUGCAAGCAGCAGAUUCCUCUAAACGAGCUGGAAGCGCACAUGAGAAUCGAGCUCUUGGAUCCUAGCUGGAAAGAGCAAAAGGCCAAGGCUGAAUCGCGCUAUGCCACGUCCAACAUAGCUCAUAUUGACGUUGCUAACAACUUGAAGCGACUUGCUAGCCAGCGAAGCGACGUCUUUGACCCUGCAACAGGGAAUCCUCUCUCGGAAGACGAACAAGCAAGGCGAAAGAAGGCAGCCGUCCAAACGUUUGACGGCCAUCUAGAGGGAAAGAGCCAAGCUCAUCUCAACCACCUUCAGAAUGUCAAUGUCGACGAGCAGAUUCGUGCAAUCCAUCAGAAGUUUGCCACCAAGAAGUAA